AAGUUGGCGCGCGGGCGCGGUCGUCGGACCGUGGGCGGCUCUUCACCGAGGCGUAGGGGCGCCAUGGCCGCGGACGAAGAUGAGGUGAAUCUUCUGGUUAUCGUAGUUGACACCAACCCGAUUUGGUGGGGCAAGCAAGCAUUAAAGGGAUCUCAGUUUACUUUAUCCAAGUGCAUGGAUGCCGUGAUGGUGCUGGCCAAUUCCCACCUCUUCAUGAACCGCUCCAACCAGCUGGCUGUGAUAGCCAGUCACAUCCAGGAGAGUCGGUUCUUAUACCCGGGGAAGAACGGCAGACUCGGAGACUUCUUCGGGGACCCUGGCAACCCCAUUCCUGACUAUAAUCCCUCUGGGAGUAAAGAUGGGAAGUAUGAGCUGCUGACAGCCGCAAAUGAGGUGAUCGCCGAGGAGAUCAAAGACCUGAUGACCAAGAGUGACAUAAAGGGCCAGCACACGGAGACGCUGCUAGCGGGAUCCCUCGCCAAAGCCCUUUGCUACAUUCACAGAGUGAACAAGGCAGUUAAAGAUAAUCAGGAGAUGAAAUCAAGGAUAUUGGUGAUCAAGGCUGCAGAGGACAGCGCGCUGCAGUACAUGAACUUCAUGAACGUCAUCUUUGCUGCUCAGAAGCAGAAUAUUCUCAUUGAUGCCUGCGUCCUGGACUCGGAUUCAGGGCUCCUCCAGCAGGCUUGUGACAUCACAGGGGGACUGUACCUGAAGGUGCCUCAGAUGCCUUCUCUCCUGCAGUACUUACUGUGGGUUUUUCUUCCGGAUCAAGAUCAGCGAUCUCAGCUAAUCCUCCCACCUCCGAUCCAUGUGGACUACAGGGCUGCCUGCUUCUGCCACCGAAGUCUCAUUGAGAUUGGCUAUGUCUGCUCCGUGUGUCUGUCCAUUUUCUGCAAUUUCAGCCCCAUCUGCACCACGUGCGAGACAGCCUUUAAGAUCUCCCUCCCUCCUGUACUGAAGGCCAAGAAAAAGAAGCAGAAGGUGUCCCUGUGAUGAGCGACACAAGCUUCUCCGUCUCUGGCCACAGGCCGAGUCUCCCAGGGGAACACUGCUCUCCCCGUGCUUGUAGGGUGGAGCUGAAGUACACCCAGGCCUCCGACGUUAUCUGGAAAGGGGGCCAGCACAGCCUUAGGACUUUCUGUUUGUUGUUUUAAGGUAGCAGUUGCCCGGCGGAAGCCGGCUGACGCUGCUUUGUUUGUUGUCUCUCUGUUCCUUGGGGGUGGCCUUGCAUGUCCUUGGCCGGCACCCCACCGCUGAGCUGCAGCCCCUGGGACUUUGUUCUUAGACGGUCCUCUGUCAGAGCUUAUCAUGGUAGAGACUGGGGCUUCUGUACUUCAAGAUGGCAGUGUGUGAAGUUGGAAUGCCACUCAGGAUGAGGACCAGCAUUGGGUCAUUGUCAGUCAUGACAGAGCAUCUUAGUUGGACAGGUGGUACGUGUCUGGAAUCUUGGGAGACUGAGUCAGGAAGGUUUUGGGUUCAGAUCCUGCCUGGGAUAUACAUUUCAUUCUGUCUGGUUGGUUUGAACUCACUAUGUAGACCAGGCUGGCCUCAAACUCUGCUCUCUGAGUGCCCGGACUGAAGGCUUGUGCCUUUAGGUCAGGUUACAUUUGAAUAUAGUUAAAGGAGACAAUUUGUUUAAUGUUCAAAAUAUUCAAACCAACCAGGGCUGCAUCUGGCCACCUUGUUUACAAAAACAAAACAAACCAACCAAUGGUCUGAUGUAAGCAAGCCCUGUUAACUUGAGGUUCGCCUUCCGGUGUUAGCAGUUCUGUUCAUCUGAUACGCCAGCAUAUUUGUGCAAAGUUAACCAAAAUUAUUAGUAAUGUUUUUUCACCAAAAACGUAUCAAAUUUAAAUCUACAAGGAGAGCAAGUGCUGAGGCUGUAGUAAGGUUUGUCAGAGACACUCGAGGAAGAGCUCAUUGGCUGGGAUCCGACAGCCACUUACCUGAGCUCUCUACAGGUAAGAUUCUGUCAUUUUUUAAAAAAAAAAAUAACAUUAAUAUCGGAGAACAGUUGAAUACUAGAAAUGUAAAUUAGUUCAAUAGAAACACUUGUAAUUGCAACAAUAAAAAUUCUAUUUUUAUAUUUA